AUGGCUGUCGCGCAGUCCACCAAGACCAAGACGGCCUCUAAGGCUGCCAACAGCGCUGCGCCAAAACAGAAGACACAGAUGCACCGUCGCUCAAGAACAGGUUGCUACACAUGCAGACUCAGGCGCAAGAAGUGCGAUGAGGGUUCGCCAAUGUGCACGGCUUGCAAGCACCUCGGCCUUGUAUGCGAAUACAAGAGGCCCAUGUGGUGGAGCAACAACGAGGCGAGGAGGAAGCACAAGGACGAUAUCAAGAUGAUCAUCAAGAGGAAAAAGCUCUCGGAGAAGGCGUCGCACACCAUCCAAACAUCGAUUGGUUCCCCGCCAGGCCUGUCUCACUCUCUUCCCACGUCGGCAACCUUCACAGACCCUGUCGACCGCACCAGAUCAGCGUCGAUAGACUCGCAGUUCGCCUUCAACUUCAGCUCCCCGCAGAGCUCCCACCACGAGUUCGCGCCAUUCACCCCCCAGAUGCACCCCGAGUUCAUGUUCGGUGGGUACUCGCCAUACGAGGUCGACAUCAAGACCGAGAGGCAGAUGUUCGUCAACGAUGUUCCGACACUGAGAGAGUCAACCACCUCCACCUUCAGCGCCGCGUAUCCCACCCCUCCGCCUCCGGGAACCGUGAUGCCGUCCUUCCCUCCGGAAGGUGAAUGGACCGAGCAGGUGUACUCGGAGCGGCGGGAAUCACUCACUGAGGAGACUUACAAUGUGAACUCGUUCGACUUCGCCCACGGCGCACCCAUGACCUCGAGCCAGCUAGCUCUGGAGCUCAAUGAACGCGACCAGCAGCUUCUGCACCACUUCGUCCAAUACGUCCUUCCGACCAUCUUCCCCAUUCUCGAGUCAAACCAACACGGAUCCGUCGCCUCGGACCUCAUCCUGCCCGCACUGCAGUACAACACGGGUUACCUACACUGCUGCUUGAGCAUCGCCGCGCAGCACUACAAGGCGGCGAUGGGCCUGCAAGGCGAGGAUAUCGACGGCGACAUCAUGCGACACCGCUACGUGACCAUCUCAUCGCUCUGCGAGGCCCUGAACCGCGACGAGAACCACCAGCAGAUUCUCGAGGCAGCUCUGGGACUGAUCUUCUUCCAGUGCGGUGUGGGCCGCGUCGAGGACUCGCUGCCCGACAUUCCGUGGCACCAGCAUUUCCAGGCCGCCGUGUCUUUGGUGCAGAAGCUCGAUUUGCCCCGCAUUGUCUCGGACCCCAAUGAGCAUUCGGCGGCGCAGACCCCCUUCAACAUGACCCUCACUUCGUGGAUCGACAUUAUCGGAGCGACGAUGCGAGGUCGCGCCCCGACCUUUGCGCACACUUACCGGGAGAAGCAUCUUUCGCAGACCAACUCGUCGCUGGGACUGCGCGAGUUGAUGGGCUGCGACGACCGAGUCAUGUACCUCAUCUCAGAGAUUGCAUGCCUCGAGGCGCUGAAGGCCGACGGUAUGGACGACAUUACCCUUUGCCAGCACGUGCACGUCCUGGGCGACCAGAUCGGCUUCACCGAGAUGGGCGACACUCCGCUCAAAAUCGCCUCGGAUGCCAAUGGCGUCCUGGACCCCAAGCAGCUGGGCAAGAACAUGACGUCCGCUUUCCGACUGGCUGCGCGCAUCUAUCUCUGCAGCUUGGUACCCGGCUUCAGCCCCAGCCAGGCUAGCUGCAUCGGCCUGGUGGAGAAGCUCACCACCGUGCUCCAGCACAUCCCCUCGGGACCUGCCGGCUUCGAUCGCUCGCUCGCCUGGGUGUAUCUUGUGGGCGGCUCCGUCAGCGCUCCCGGAUCGAGCUUCCGAGCACACUUCGACGAGCGCAUCGCGCAGCUGGGCGAUCUUGCCAACUUUGGCAGCUUCGGGCGCGUUGGCUGCCUUCUUCGCGAGGUCUGGGUUCAGGCCGAUGCGCAAGUGAGCGCGGCGGCAGAGGCCCCACAGCAAUACAUCCACUGGCGGGAUGUCAUGCAAAUGAAGGGUUGGGACUUCUUGCUCAUCUAA